AUGCAGUACGUUCAGCUUACAAUCGAGCUCAUCACCAAGGCCUUCGAGACAUUUUCUUCUAAGAAGGGAGUGGAGUUUACCAAGAAAGAUGCAAAUAAGAUCUUUAAGGCGCUUGAUGGGGAUAAGGAAGUGGAGAGAUACUACUUUUGUGGAGCAAAGUGCGUCAAGUCCAAGCGUAAAUGCAUGAAGGAAGUUGACGAUGAAGGCAUGCAUUGUUAUGUCCACGAUCCUGCGCGCAAGUAUGAUGGUGAUACGUCUGAUGAUGGUGAUACGUCUGAUGAUGCUGGCUCUGACGAUGAUUCCCCUGAUGAUAAAGACUCUGAUGAUGGCAAGUCCAAUAACAGACCUAAUGUAGAAUCUGGAGAUGAUACCUCUAAGGAUAACCCUGAUGAAAAACUAUCUCAUAAAAAAUCAGAGAAAGACAUAGCACGUGCGAAGGACAGAGGAUGGAUGAUUCAUCCUAAUAACGACAUGCUUGAGUAUGCAACUAAGUUUACGAUGAAUGGCAAGUACAUUGUCAGGCUAUCUGGAAAGAAUACAUACGUUGGCCUGUUUACGCUUGAUGCUCUGCGCGGUGUCGGUGAUGUUCCAGAGUUGGAUAUCUUGGAACGCUCCAUGCUUAGCAAGAUGAAACUUCAACCAUUGUCUGAUGAAGAGAGAAAGACGCUUUUCAACGAGGAGAUCGAAGUAGAAGAAGAAGUACCAGUAGAAGGACCAACAGAUAAAUCCAAGGUGAUAUGGAAAAAACUUAACAAGUACUUGGAAUAUUCCGAGAAUGUACUUGUAAAUGGAAUGCACAUUCUCAAGAUGCGCAAAAAAGACACUGUAAUCGGCUUGAUGACUGAUGACCAUAUUGCUGCAGAGAAUGUAGAGUGUCAUUCUCUUAGCCAGAAGGAAAAAGAGAAGUUGUUUGCUAUGGGAUUUAAACCGCAUGAGCAUAAGCAAAGCUUGCCACAGAAAGAUGAGAGCACAUGUGAGGAUGAUAAAGAUGCUGAGGGCGAUAAAGAUGCUGAGGAUGACAAAGAUGCGGUGGGUGAUAAAGAUGCUGAAGAUGACAAAGAUGCUGAGGGUGAUAACGAUGCUGAGGAUGACAAAGAUGCUGAGGGUGAUAACGAUGCUGAAGAUGAUAAAGAUGCUGAGGAUGAUAAAGAUGCUGAGGAUGUUAUGUGGAAAAGGGGCCGCUUUUGGUUGGCUCGGAACACUGUGAUCCCCAGCAUUGAGCUCCAAAGGCAGCUGUUCCCUUUCAUCGAGGAUGCUUGCUCCGACACGUUCUGGAGGCUCACGAAUGACGACAUUAUGCGUGACUGCGACGUUUUCCACGGACGCGAGGAGUUGCGUGAGAAGCUGCGACGGGGCGAGUGCAAGGAAGUCAAGCAGGUGUAUACGGACAAGGAUAUGCAGACCGUUCUGUCGAAUGAGCUGUCAUCCUGUCCGGGGGGUGGUGCUGCCGCCGCGCACCCUGUUUUCGAUCACCCUGUCUUCAAAACACCUGCGUUUCAAGAUUUCCAGCAAACCCUACUCGAGAGCAUGAGAAAUCCCUCUCCUCUCACGGAUUCCCUCGCAUCUGCCACACCCAUCAUCCAACUGGAGUUUGACAGGGUCGGCGCGAGGCUCGGUGUCCAAGAUGCUGCAAUCCGGAGCCUGCAGCAAAGCCAGCAAGCCGGACUUCAGAGUUUGCACGCCGGUAUGAAUGUUCUAGCAGCUACUUUACAAGCUCAGAAUGAUAGGACAGCAUCCGAGCUGAAGGACUUGAAGCGGUGCAUUGGCAACAAUGACAAACUGGCAGGCAACAAGCGACAAUGUUUGAACAAGGAUGCCGUUCGAUCUCAGUUGAUGCAAGCUCUCAAGUCAACGGUGGAAGCCGUGGUGGCGAUUAGCGAGGACGAUGAGGUGAAGGUCAGUGACGACGUCAACGGCAGUGUAGCAAGCCAGAGUACCACUAUGGCUACCGCCAUCGCUCUUCUUCAGCUUCCAGAGCCGGACGCUGGCCAGCAAGAAUCAAGACCUCUGACUUCUUCCACUGCAGUUCUUUCAAGGGAUGCGCACCGCCGCGCAGCUCUGGCCGCUUUCAACCCCAGCGACAAUGUCGAGGACAGAAUGCGACAAGUAGCCGCCUUAGUCGCCGACGAGAAGAGGGCGAGAGGAGAGACCCAACACCAUAUGCCCCUAAUGCCCGAGUGCAAGCUGAUCCCACGACCGAAUACGCUCGACCAACUGUGGCAAGAGUGGUUUUACCACGGCGUCGAUGGGUCCCCCUCCAUCGCAGAGCUUAAUAGGUGGUUCGGUUCAGCGUGGCGAGGCAAAGAUGCACAGCUCUACAAGUGGAAGAAGGACAUUGUACAUUCGGUUCUGCGCUCUAUCCCAGCUGGCUUGCAGGUUGACAAGUCCGCCGUAAACAAUGCACUUGCCUUCGUAAGAGGGCAAAUCGAUACUGUUGGUUCAAUUGAUAAAUACUACAAGGCUCUUCCCAAAGCUCCCUCGAGAAAGUACCCAAAGAGAAGAGAAUAA